CUUUGAGAUCUCUGAGCGCACAAAGUCAGGCUAUCAUUACAAGAGAAGUCCGACCCUGGCUGUAGGAAAACGACUCCGUGCGGAACUCGAGUCUCUUCCGCCCACUGUGCGGGGCCGCACCAGUCAGGUCCAGCGAGGAACCCGGGCGCGAGUUUGGGGGCGCAGCAGGGCCCGGCGGGGGCGGCGAGCGCGCGUCCCCCCGCCCGCUCAGGCAGCGUCGAGGCGCGAGCAGCUCAGCCAGCCUUGCAGAGGGAGCUCUCGGCAGCUCUGGGGUCCCUCUGCUCGCAGCCGCAGCAGCGCCGCCUGCGCCACUCGGCGGAGACGGAGACCAGCGGCGGCGGCGCGCGGACUGGGAGCGACCGCCGAGCAGCCGAGCAGCAGGGGUACGCUCGCAGAGCGGCCGGCUCCUAGGACUGUUCCCAUGUGUCAACCACAAGCAAGCCCAGUGCCAGCCUGAUCCCAGAAUAGUCAUCAGUCCCCACCUGUGAAAGAAGCUGCCAUCUGCAGAGUCGCACCUCCCCAUGCAACUGAACCCCAAGAGCGACUGAAGGCCAAAGUCUGUCAGAUGACAACAUAUGGUUCCCACCCGCUGCUGGGAGGACUCCCUCAGGCCUCAUCCGGGUCAGAAGAGCCUGUGUGAAGCCAGACCGCAAACCCUAACAGCCUCUUCAUUCUCUGACUGCCUCAGACCAGCUCGGUUAGUAAGAGUCUAGGUCUGCACCCCACUUUGGCCACUGGCCCAUCACCCUCUUCAAUGCCCUUGACCAAAGUUCCUGGAAGCAAAGGAAACAACAUGCCACACAGAGUCUGGGUGAACAUCUCCGGGGCCACAAAUUAAAUUAAGUUCUCAGGGCUGCCUGCCUUGUUACUGCUAAUGGUUCUAGCCUGUCCCACCUCCUCACCCCCACCCAGGUUCCUGACCUGCAGAAAUUUGGGGGUUCCGGGCACCCUCCCUUGUUCCCAAACUUUGAUUAGCACUUGGGGAUCUCACGCAAAAUUAGAGUUGGGCACCCCUCUUACAGAACACCCAAAAGCCCAGGUAUAGGGAGACAGGCCUGAGCCAUGCCCCCACCUUCAUGCCCUGGCUCUAGGCGGCAGUCACGUGUGGGUCCUUCAUUAGAACCUUCCAUAUAAGCUAUGGGCUCCGGGUGGCCAGGAACUCUCCAGGCAAGGAUCCAGCAAGCAGAGGUCAUGCUGACUGCAGUGCUGCUGAGCUGUGCCCUGCUGUUGGCACUGCCCCCUAUGCAGGAGGCUCAGAUGGGCUUGGCCCCUCUGGAAGGCAUCAGAAGGCCUGACCAAGUCCUGUUCCCAGAACUACCAGGCCUGGGUCUACAGCCUCCACUGAAAAGGACAAGUGCAGAACAGUCAGAAGAAGCUCUGCUACAGGAGGCUGAGGCCUUGGCAGAGGUACUAGACCUGGAGGGCCGCUCCCCACGCUCCCCACGACGCUGUGUAAGGCUGCAGGAGUCCUGUCUGGGACACCAGGUACCGUGUUGCGACCCUUGUGCCACAUGCUACUGCCGUUUCUUCAACGCCUUCUGCUACUGCCGCAAGCUGGGUACUGCCACGAACCCCUGCAGCCGUACCUAGUGGGUCAACGUCGGAUCGGGGCUGGACAGGGGUAGCGAAUAAAGGAUGAGACCAAUCCCAAA